UGAAUAAAUGCUUGUUCAUUAAAAGAAAACAAGCUUUGCUGUAGCUUCGAAUAUUUCGCGCAGUCUCUCACACGAAGCUAUCAUUAGCGUUUCCCGGACGACGAGAACGUCACUAAAGCAUAACAAUAAAAGUGUUGGAACAACGUGUGAGAAUGUCUGUCGAGCAGCCGCUGUUCGGUCGAGAGAUCGUGGUGCCGGCCAAUCUGCCGAUGAUCCUGAAGCAAUUCUGCAAAGCCGCGAUCCGUACGCAGCCCUACGAUCUGCUCAAAUGGUCCAGUUCGUACUUCCGCGCGUUAGCCGACGGCGAGGAGCCGCCGGCCAAGUUGCGACUCGAAUAUCCGCCACCGAGCACGGCGUCCGGUUUAACUUUGGGCUUUCUCCGAGUACUACUUCGACAAUUUGGAAAUUACAACAAGACACUACCCAUUGAAACAAUUCUGCAUCGCUGGGAUUGUCUCUGCUUGGAUCGCAAGGAUUUUGACACAAUUGUAACGGUCGGUGGAUUUCGUCGCAGCUGUCAGGUGAAGAGAUUCCUUGCUGUAGCGGUAGGUCUUCUAGGCGCUAAUCUCACUGAGACGAUGAUCAUGAUUUGCCAAUUGUUCACGCACGAGCCGGACGGAGGAUCCGCGAUGAUCCCGCUUACUUUGUUUAUGGAGAUAUACGAAUAUUUAGCGGCACUCACGUGCGACGGUAGCGAGAACAAUGCGCAUUAUCAGGAUACAACCGAACGUACGGUCUGUAAAGAUAGUUCCGUCGAUCGCACUUGCUCCAUAACUAGUCAGGAUACCGACGUGGACGUUAAUUUGGAUUCCGAAUUAAUCUCCAAGGAUGAAAUUGAUUUGUCGAAGAUUGAUUUAUCGAUGGAAGUGACAGUGAGCAGUUCCUACGAAAAAGAAAUCAUUAGUCGAGAAGAGGAAAAGGAAAAUAAAGAAUGCACGAAUAAAGAUUGUACAAUCGGUGAGAAAUUUUGCGGAGUGAAAGACGCCAAUAGCGACGGAAGUGCAUUCGCCGAAGUGGAAAAAGAUACGAAAACUGUGUGCUGUCGGAAUGUGCCAGGUAUUGGACCUCGUUUGCCAGCCGAGCGAAUUACGAAUGUAAUCGCAUGGAUGCUCGAAUGCGCGAAGCUUCAAGAAGGCAUGGUUGGACCGCGCAACAUCCGACACACGAAUUGUCCGUCUUUGCACAGACGAUCAUCGACGUCAGAGUUGUGAUAACAUUUGACCAGAAUUGAUUCGCAAUAAUACGAAAAAUG